UCUUACACUGUUUACAUACUUAUCAAGAGAAAUUAGUGAACUCGUUAUCUAAAUUUGUAUGAUUCUGCAUUUCACAGCCCACUAUACAAAAGAGGAGGAAGAUUCAACAUUGUUCAGGAUUUUAAUGUUUCAGCAUUGUGAAUUUUUUGGAAUUUAUUGAAUUUUGGCACAAAUGUAAAGGAAAUGUGUAUGUAGGGAUUCUCUCUGUAUCAUGUGGCUGCUGUUUAUCAGCCACAGAGGAAUUUCAGUCCUUUCGAUAUAUUUACAUUUAACUAGUAGUCUGUUGCAAUUGAAAGGGCAUAAUCAAAUUGAGAAAACCCUGUUGCCUUAAUCCUUUUGUCAUGGGUAAUAUUACUUAGAAGACUUUGAGUAAUAGGAAGAAAAAAAAUAGAUUAUUUGCCUUGCCAUUUCCCCACUCCAGAGCAAUAGGAUUUGCUCUGCCCAACUGUCAAGCAAGCCCGUUUAUAUGCAGUUUGUGUAUACCAUUAAAAGGGAAUACAAUACCCUUUUAUUUCUGAGUUUUGUGUGAAUGCAUAGAGAAAAGAAGCAUUUUGUUUUCCAUACAAAGACUGUACUCCAUGUAUCUGUAACACACAGAGAAGUUUAAGACAUUUAAGACAAUUUCCUGAAUAAUUUUUAACUAAAAGUUUUAUAAGACAUCUAAAUAUGAUGUUAAUAAUGAUUUUUUUCAUAGCUUUGUUGAGGUAUCAUCAAUAAAUUAUGCAUAUUGAAAGCAUACAAUUUAUUUAAUUUUAACAUGUUUAUACCACAGAAACCACUAUCACAAUCAAGAUAAUGAACAUAUCCAUCACCCCUAGAAGUUUCCUUGUACUUUGUAAUACCUCCCUCCUUUCCUAUCUCCCCUCUCCCCAAGCAACUGCAGAUCUGCUUUCUGUCACUAUACAUUAGCUGGCAUUUUCCACAUGUUUAUGUUAAUGCUACAAUACAGUAUGAACUCUUCAUCUGGCUUCUUUCACUCAACUGAAAUUUUUGAAAUUUUUGCACUGUGUAGCUUAUAUCAAUACCUUGUUCUCUUUCAUUGUUGAAUAGUAGUGUGAAUGUGGCACAGUUUAUUUAUCUGUUGUUAAACAUUUGAGUGGUUUCCAGGUUUUGUAUAUUACAAAAACAGUUACGACAUUUGUGUACAAGUGUAGACAUAUGCUUUCAUUUUUCAUAGGCAAAUACCUAAAAGUAGAAGAGCUGAAUCUUGUGGUGGAGGCAGCGGCAGCAGCAGUAGCUAUGUUUCACUUCUUCAGAAAGCCUCCAGAAUCUAAAAAGCCCCCAGUGCCAGAGACAGAAGAAGCAGAUGGAUUCGUUCUUGUAGGAGACACAGCAAAUGAGCAAAGAAGUAAAACUUCAGGUACAGAAUGUGAUCCACCUUUAGAGACCAUCAAAGAAAACUCAUCCAGUGGGACUGUGGCAGGCCCUGAGAUGGAAAAUAAGGCAGGCCAGACUCUGGAGAGCAGCUCGCUAAUGACCGAGCUCCUGAGCGACGUCCCCUUCACCUUGGCCCCACAUGUGCUGGCAGUGCAGGGCACCAUCAGCGACCUUCCCGAACACUUACUCUCCUAUGACGUCAGCGAAAACUUGUCACGUUUUUGGUAUGAUUUCACUCUUGAAAAUUCAGUGCUCUGUGAUUCGUAACCUUUAUGUCUAUUUCCACCUUAACAGCUUUAAAAACAAAAAUUUUCCUGUUGUAUUUAACCUGUUUGAUGAUCUUCAUCAUUUCUCUGUUUCAAGGGCCUCAGAAAAGCAAGGAUCAUAAAGCAAAGAAAAUAGCAUUAUGUUCAUUGCUUUGAUUUUUGACAUAAAUAUACAUGUAUAAAAAUUGAACUUCUUUCCCCCCUCAUAAUAAAUACUAAAAGGAGGCCACCAAGGUUUUAUUAAAGUAUAUUCCUUUAGCCAGUCUCCCAAACUGUAACAUUGAGAUAGAGAACUGUGAAAAAGAACUGUGGCAUUUUUCUGUGUUACCACCAAUCUGCAGCCUGAGCUCAGGGUAAAUGUGAAGUCUCUUCUCUGGAGGAAACUUGGAUGCUAUCCCUGUUCUUCUUAUAUGGUGUUUAUGAAUGAAUUUUUUAAAAAAAAAUAAUUACCGGUUGGCCUAAUUGCAUCAGGCUCAAUGUAGACAUAUGGAUGUGGAAAUUUAAAACUUUUUCUUCAGCAGUAGCAGCAGUUUGUUAAUACAAGAAUGCUGUCACUCAGAAGGGCCUUUGACCUGGUGGAUCAGAUGCCCGUGUCCUGCAUCAUAGCGUUUGGGUUUGAUUCCAAGGUCAGGCCCCUGACUCCAACUUUCUGCCAAUGCAGACCCUGGGAGGCAGCAGUGAUGACUCAAAUAAUUGGGUUCCUGCCACCCACAUAGGAGAUCUGGAUUGAGUCCAUGACUCCUGCUUUGUCCUGGCCCAGCCCCAGCCCCAUUCCUAGCCGUUGUGGGCAUUUGGGAAUUAAACCAGCAGCUAGAACCCCCACUCUUGCCCAUGCCUCUCUACCUCUGAAAUUAAAAAAAAGAAGAAGAAAAAAAAAAAGAAUGCUAUAACUGCCAUGGAUGCUGCCUCUCGAGUGGUCCAUUUCUGUUUUCUCACGCCUGUGGCCGUCCUUUUCACCUUUAGAGAAUCCUGUGUUCCCACCUCUGUUCUCUGCCUUUUUAAAGCUAGUUCCCAGUGUGCUUGCUGACCGGCUUUCCAAAGAACUUUGCCUGCUUCCUUCUCCGUUGGCAUUUGCUGUCCUUACCACAUAUGUUCCCAGUUUAUGAAGAGAUCCACAUUUCCUUUUCAACUUCUCUGCCUUCUAAAGAAAAAACAUCUCACGAUGGUACAUAUUAUUGCUGAUAACAUCCUUAUUUAGAAAUUUGUUGGCCACAUUACAGAUGGAAAUGUUUUACUGCUAGAAAAACUGAAAUCAGCUUAUUUCCAAUUAGAGAUUAGAGGAAACACCUAGAUACAACUUUUCAUUUUUAAAUAUCCAUAUUUAUUCCAACUAAAGCAGAAGAGAAGUACCAUUGGUCAACAAAUUGUAAAGGGAAGGAGUAAUUGUGAUAGUGUUUCCCCAGUGCCAUGAAAAAUUUAAAUCACAUUCAUUGUGAGCAGUGGCAAUAUGGUUGGUGAAUUCUGUGCCAAAUUUUAAGUCUAUUUUUUUUCACAAAGAUAGAGAAUCAUACAAAACUAAACACUGUGCAUAAAGGUACAUGAAUUAUUCAAGUUCUGAUGUGUUAUGCAUGUUUGUUUAAUAAAUGUAGCGUGGUCUGGAAAAAAUGCUGUAUUAUUUAAAAGUUGAACAUUUCUAUUGACAAAAGUAUACUUCAUUUACAAAUAGGAUUGCCACAUUAGGUCAAUAAUUAAAUUAUAUUUUUCCAUACUUUUCAUAAAAUACCAGCUUAGGAAAUAUGACUUAUUAUCACACAGAUGUGAACAUUUUAUAGGAGUUUUUGUGAAAGCACAUGGUUUUCAUGUAUAUAUGUUAAGGUACUCUUUAAAUAUAAGCAUAUAGUCAAUCUAAUAUAUGUACUAAAUUGUUAAAAUAAUUGCACAUUUUAUUUAUGUUUGUGUCUACCAUGUUCUGAAUAUGAUUGCAAGUACUUUUGUUUGUCUGUAAGAAUUGUUAUAUUUAAAUAAAUGUGAAUUAAAUAAAUAUUUUGAUUAUUGUCA